GACAGAGAAGUGAUAUUUGCAAACGCGUUUCUGUCUACGUAUGAUACGCAGUUCGUCUCUGCAGUGUUUUCAUCUGAGUUGGGCGUUGAGGCCCACUACUAGUAGCACCAGCCAAAGGGCUACGAUUUAUUGACGUUAAAAGUAACAUACGUAUAGGAUAAGGGUAUCAUUUUCUUUACAAUCAGCCUUGAACGUCACUUUGGCUUGGCAUGGCGGCGAAAGACCCUCGCACCGUCUUCGUCCGCGGCGUUAGCUUUGACGCCGACGAAAAGGACCUUGAGGGUACUUUCUCGGACGUCGGCCCCGUCAAGCAAUGCUUCCUUGUCCGCGUCAAAGGCCAGCCGAAGCAUCGCGGCUUUGGUUUCGUCCAGUAUGCGCUGCAAGAGGAUGCGGAACGGGCAGUAGAGGAGCUUAACGGCAAAAGCUUGAAAGGCAGAAAGAUUCAGGUUGAGGUUGCCGAUAAGCGCGCGCCGCUGGAAGAGCGCAAGAAGAAGCGCAAAUUGGACCAGGAUGCCGCGGGCGGGGAGGGCGCCGAAGGCGCCCCCGCCCCCGCCCCCGCUCCCGAGGAGCAGCAGCAACAGCAGCUCAAGCAGCAGCGCGGCAAGCCCGCCUCUGCUGCCACCACCACCACCACCGAAACUGCGCCUUCCUCCGCUGCCGCACCACCGGCAGCAGCAGCAGCCCCCGCCGCCCCCGCACCGCCUGCCAAGCGGCAGCGGGCCGAAAAGCCCGGCAAGGGCGCCGCCUCCGCCUCCGCCGCCUCCGGGGAAGGGGGUGACCGUCACAAGCUGCUUCGCGCGGUAGCGGUGGGCAAUCUGACGCCGGCAGCGGUGGCUCAGGCCAUUGCAGCUGCCCGCAAGGCGGGUCCGGUGGAGGAGAUCAUGAACCCCGCACCCCAGGAUGUGGUGCAGCAGGCCAAGCUGGAGGCGGACGGGUGCAGCGGGAAGGUCUUCAUAGCGGUGUACAAGACGGUGAAGGACGCCAUGACGGCGGUCUCCCGGCUGCACAACCGCACGCUCCGACUGCAGGCCCCGCAGCAGCAGCAGCAGGGGGGCGGAAAGGGAGGCAAGAAGGGCGGCAAGGGGAAGGGGAAGGGAAAGGGCAAGGGGAAGCGUGGGAAGGCCGAUGACGACUCGGAUGAGGAUGCGGAUGAGGAGGAGGAAGCGGCAGCAGCAGGAGGGGAGCAGCAGCAGCAGCAGCAGGGGGCCGAGGGAGGCAAGGAGGAGGAGGGGAAGGAGGCGCAGGGGUCAGUCCGGCUGUGGGCUCGUGAGGUGAAGGGCGAGGGGGCGCAUGUGAAGCAGUGGCGCGUAAUCUUCAGGAACCUGCCCUUCAAGGUGACGGAGGCGGCGCUGCUCAAGUCUCUGGAGCCGGUUGGCUUCGUGUGGGACCUGAAGCUGCCUCGGGGGCCGGAUGGUCGCAUCAAGGGCUUCGCCUUCGCCUCAUUCACCUGCCGCGCUCACGCCGAGAAGGCCAUCUCCUCCCUCAACGGUCGGGAGCUGUUGGGGCGGCUGGUGGUGGUGGAUUGGGCUGUCAGCAAGACGCAGUACGAGGCGGUGGUCAAGAAGUCGGCGGCCGCUGCUGCAGGGACGGCGGCGGGAGAGGGAGAGGAUGCGGAGGAAGAGGGAGACAAGGAGGAGGAUCCGGACCGACCGACUUUAGAGGAGCCGGAAGGCACGGAGGACGAGGAGGGAGAGGAGGAGGACGAGGAGGGCGAGGAGGGCGAAGAUUCGGAGGAGGAGGAGAUUGGGCUGAGUAGCGACGACGAGGAUGGGGAAAUCCUGGAUGACGACGAUGAUGAAGAAGAGGAGGAAGACGAAGACGAGGAGACAUUGGCAUCCGACGAUGAUGACGAGGAGGGCGACGGCGAGGAGGAGGACGAGAUGGAAGACGAGGAGGAGGGCGAGGAGGAGGGAGAUGAGGAGGACAAGGAGGCGGCUCGGGAGCGGGGCAUUCUCAGCAGCGCCUUGCAGGCGGUGCUGGGCCAGGAAGAGGAGCAGGAAGAGCAGGGGAAGGGGCAGAAGGGCGAGAAGGGGAAGCAGGCGAAGGAGGAGGCGCGGGGAAAGGCAGCCAAGCAGCAGCCGAUUAAGAAGCCGGACUGGCAGGGAGCUGAGGUGGAGGACCCGGAUGCCGCCGCAGCCGGAGAAGGUGACGCCCCCGGCUCCCGCCCCCGCCCCGCCCCCUCGCUGGACACCACUGUGUUUGUGCGCGGUCUGCCGCUGGACGUCACAGCGCUGCAGCUGCAGGCGCGAUUGGAGCUGUUUGGCCCCGUCAAGGCGUGCAGGCUGGUGAUGGACAAGACGGCGGGCAAGCCCAAGGGCACCGCCUUCGUGGAGUUCAGGGAGGCGGAGGCGGCGGCCAAGGCGGCGGAGGCGUGUGCGCGAGGACGUCGCCACGAGGGUCCCGGCAUCACGGUCGCGGGCCGGCAGCUGGAGGUGGACCUGGCGCUGAGCGGGGAGGGGGCUCGCAGCUUGGCGACCCAGCGCCAGGGUGUCAAGACCGCCUCCAAGGACCGCCGCAACCUCUACCUGUCCAAGGAGGGGGUCAUCGCGGAGGGGUCGCCGGCGUGGAGGGGCAUGUCGGCACAGGACCAGGCCCGACGCAAGCGAGCAGCCGAGGAGAAGAACACCAAGCUCCGCUCACCCAACUUUGUGGUCAGCCGCACUCGCCUCUCCGUCCGCAAUAUCCCGCCUGAUUGGAACGAGGCGCAGCUGCGGCGGAUGUUCACGGAGGCUGUACGGCAGCGGGCGACCAAGGAGAGUCCGCGUGUCGUACAAGCCAAGAUCCUGCGGGAGGAGGGCAAGUACGACGCCAGCGGGGCGCGCAAAUCCAAGGGUCUUGGCUUUGUUGAGUUCGCGGACCACGACCACGCGCUGGUGGCGCUACGGCAGCUGAACAACAACCCGGGCACCCCCUGGGGGCGGGAGCGGCGACCCAUCGUGGAGUUCGCCAUUGAGAAUGUCAAGGUCCUCAAGAAGAUCGAGCACCUGCGUGAGAAGGCCGCUGCCAACAAGGAACAGCAGCUGCAGCAGUCGCAACAACAACAGGGCGACAGGAAGAAGAAGAAGGAAGACAGGAGGAAGGGCGGCGCGGCCGAGGGAGCGGACGGCCCGGCCGAGGGAGGUGCUGCUGCGGAGGAGGGCGGCAAGAAGGGCAAGAAGGAUAAGAAGGGGAAGAAGGACCGCGAUGCGAAGGCCACCAACACCGCCGCUGCUGCUGCUGCUGCUGCUGACGGGGCUGAGGAGGGAGGCAAGGAGGAGGGCGGAGGCAAGCCUGACGGUGGCCGUCGGGACAGGAAGGCGCGCAAAGACAAGCGGGGCGCAUCAUCCGAUAAGAAGGCCGAGGGCAGGGGCAAGGCUGACGGCCAGGCAGAGGGCGGUGAGGGAGGUGAGGGCGGGCUGUCCAAGCGACAGCGGCAGCGUCUGCGUCAGAAGGAGCGCGUGGAGCGGAAGAAGCAGCUCCUGAAGGAGGGGGGGAUGCCGGCACUUGUGGCGGAGGUGGAGGCGGUGAAGCAGCAGCGGCAACAGGGCGGCGCUGCUGCUGCGGCCAAGCCACAAGCCAAACCGCCCCCGCAACAGCAGCAGCAGCAGCGGCAGCAGAGGAAGCGGCGAGCGGAGGAGGAUGAGCUGACCCGCAUUGCGGAGCAGGGACUGAAGGCGGACGGAGGCGAUCAGAAGCGCCGCCGCCGCAAUACGCUGCACGAGGAGGGCGAGGGCCGCGUGGACCGCCUAGACCGGCUGGUGGAGCAGUACAAGGCC